UCAUCUGACAGCAAUCGGCAUUCGGUAAUUCUAGUCAAAGUGGUUUUAAUUAUUUUAAAUAAUUUAUUUAUUCAGCUGCGUUUGUAUUUACGCACUUUCUGCAUAAAAAGUAGUUAUUUAUCAACAAUGAGCAACAGAAAGGAGAGCUUGAAAAAAUCUCUUGGACUCACAGAAUAUCCGUGGAGUUCUGACGAUGAAGACAACCCGCAAACAAAUCCGGAACCGGCUGCGUCGUCAAGUAGAAGACAGGUUGAAUCUGAAAAUCCUAAUCAGCCUGGACCUAGCGGUCAUAACACAGGGGGACCUUCACUGUCUAUAUCACCAUCAAGAAGGAACCAAACUAGAUUGGAACGUGACUUGUUCUGGUCACUGCUCAAUAAUCCAAACAGAAUGAGCGGUGGAGGACCCAUGAGGCCGAGUACAAGUUCCGCUGAUCCUGUCGAAACACACGAACGGAUUGAUCUCGAUAGUCCAGUUUCGAACAUACAGCGCAUACUUGCAAUUAAAAGGUUAACUCGAAGCCUGGGUGCCAACCUUUGCAAACACCCGCAACGUCCUGGUCCUGGCUCAUCAAGGAAUAUAAUAUUCACUCCAACAAUGCACGGGGAUUAUUCGUCUUUAAAAUUCGGUCGUCUCAAGAGAAGACCCAUGUCACGAGUGCCACCAGCCGGAUGUAGCAGGAAUAGCAUAAUUCCCGCAGUGAUAGAGAGCGCCUCGGCCCCGACGCACUCCGACGAAGAAUCUCCCCAACCGAUCAACUCGGCAUCGCCGGAACAUAAUGAUGAUAAUGCCGAAGAUCAGGAAACUAUGGAAGUGGACACGUCUGCCGGUGGAGUUUCUCUCGAGGAAGAAAUAGUUGAGAUAGACGGAGGGGGUGAGGAGAACCAGGACGAAAAUGGCAAUGAAGAAGAACAAGCCGAACAAGCGAGCGGAGAUGAAGAUGCUCAUGAAGAAAUAUCUGCUCAAGUCACCGCUCCCGCUGAAUCACAACAGUCUCAGGGAAUCAAAAGAAAAGGGGAAAUACCCGAGGAGAGAGAACCGGAUUCGGUCAAGGAGUUCAAUCAAAGCCUGCUGCGCCUGCUGGAGUGCCCCGUGUGCCUGGAGUGGAUGGAGCCGCCCAUGUCGCAGUGCCGGCGCGGCCACCUGGUGUGCGGGCGGUGCCGCGCGCGCCUCGCCGCCUGCCCCGUGUGCCGCACCGCCUUCUCGUCCGUGCGCAACCGCGCCAUGGAGGCCGUGGCGGAGAUGCUGCGCUACCCGUGCCGGCACGGCUGCGGGCGCGAGACGCGGCUGCGGCGGCGCGCGGCGCACGAGUCGAGCUGCGCGGCGCGCCGCUACCGCUGCCCCGCGCCGCCCUGCGCCGAGCGCCCGCCGCUGUCGCUGGCCGACCUGCCGCACCACUUCCAGACUAAGCAUCUCUCCAUGCUGAAAGUGGGCCGCAAGCACAAGUUCUCGAUGAAGGUGAACUCCGAGCAGCACGACAACUGGCUGGUGAUGGCGGCGCGCGAACUGUUCCACCUGCGAGUGGACGUCGACAUCCGCACGUGGGGCGUCGUGGUGUACGUCGCCUACAUUGGACCCAAGUGUAAUGCUAGCAACUUCACCUACGAGGUGACGGUCACCGGGCAACACAACGAUAGAAAACUCGUGUACACCCGCGCAACACACAGCGAUUUGGAGAGCUCGUCCCUGAACGUGAGCCGCCAGGACUGCUUCCACCUCACCCUGGAUCAGGCCCUCAACUUCCUGAUUAGAGUGUGUCGUGUACGUGAGCGAGGGCCGCAUCGUGCGCUACGAGACGCACGGCCUGCCCGCGCCGCCCGCGCCGCCCGCGCCGCCCGCGCCCCCCGCGCCGCCCGCGCCGCCCGCCGCGCGCUGAGUCGGUCCGCGCGACGAUACAGAUCACAAUUUGUGCUCAAACAAAAAAAAUGGACUAUGAAAUUUUUUCUAAAGUGUAUCUUGUCUAAUACUUAUAUGUAGAGCCUCUCUCGAUUUUCGUUUCUUUUGUGAUCGAAUAGCGUUGAUCGCUAUUCUGUACGAUCAUUUGUAAAGCGAUCGAUAUAUUAGUUACCUCGUGUUCUUGGUCAUCGAUGUUUAAAUUAUUUUCGAAAUAAAUUUUUAGGCGUGUCUCACCUUUAUAUGGCACACCUGAUGAUAUGAUGGCACGUAUACCAUUAAAUAUAAUUAGCUACUAAGUAAAAGACUGUAUUUUUUUAUCUUUUAUUGUAAAGCUUCGAUUACAUUUCGGUUCUUUAUUUGGAGCUAUAAACUGAGUAUAAUUGAGAGUAAUAAAUUUACACAUUUUUAACGAAAUUAUAUAUUUAUUUUAUAUGCAUCAUGCAUUGAUUAUUAGGAAUUAAAAAAAAAUAAACAAAGUUGAAAUUAAAAAUAUCAAUAUAUUUUUUAAAGAUAGUACUUUAAGAUUGUCUACUAAAUUUCUGUAUUGUAAUAUAACUGAAGUACUUUAACUUAACUAGAAUAUAUUUUAUAUCCUGGCUAAAUUAGCACUUUACUGGGAGUAUAUCUCUAACCGCCUAUUAGGCGGUACGCAUCAUAUCUAUGGAAAUAACUUAAUUAUGCUUAUUAUUUUAAAUAUUUAACAACCAAUAAAUGAAAACAUAAGUCGAGCCUACAUUUCAAAUUUAAACAGGCUAUUACCGUGACUUGUUCUCAACCACACGGAAACGCCAAGACUGAUGAUUUUCUUAUCGACUGGGUCGACAUUAUUAGGUAAUCAUUUAUAAUAGGGAUAACCUACACGUGUUGAUGUAUGAGGAAUGAUUACGAACAAAACGAAACAUUCCUUAUACUAUGGUUUAUUAAAAGCCAGUGGCUUUUAGUAGUGUAUUGAAUAUGAUAUUUUAGUGUAAUGUUAAUAUAGCGUUCGUAGUGCAUGCAUUAUACAUUUGUAUUUGACGCUCUAUUUAUUUUCAUAACAAACCUCUAUAUAAUGGCUUGUUGUAUUCUAUUUGUAUCUCAUAUUACUCGACAUGUCAUGUAAUCAUGUCAUUUUUAGAUUGGUGUUAUUUAUAUUACAUAGACUUCCUUGUUUGUCUAGUGGCAACAAAGCCGCAGACCCAGGUCAGCCCGAUAAAAAAAAGAUGUUCUUCGUAGCACCCCGGAGUCUGUUGUCUGGAUGUUGGCAGUAUUGAGAAUAGACAUCUGCGUAAUUGGUCUAGAGGAAACAUCAUAAAUUGUAUACAAUUAUAAAAUCGAAUAAGUAUUUAAGUAUGUCUAUUACAUGUAUUUAAGGUCACCUAUUGGUGUAAUUAGGAAUUUACAUUAGUAUCAAGGAAUCCUUAGACUUUAUUGUCCGCGGGAGGCUUAACUACUUUUAUGGUAUUAAUAAUUGCCUAUACGUGUCUACUCUUGGUGUAUAAUCGACUAUAGCAUAAUCCAGGCAUUAACUAUUGGAUUGGAAAUCUGAAAUCAAUUUCGAUGAUUUUCUAGAGUUUGUUGGGAACAUGCUAAAAAUUAUUUAAAAUAAUGAAGAUUCCUAGAAACGUAUAAAACCACUGAACAAUUAAAAAUAAAUCACGGCAUGUUAAUAUUAUUUAUUCUCAAUCUCUACGUCAUGCACCUAAUGUAUGUUUUAUUGGAUCAAUAAUAUAUAAAAUACGUUUAUUUCCUGCUCAUUCUUUUACCCUGUGUCGUUUUUUGUUUCCGAGACCAAAAUCGUUUCAAAUUUAAAAGAUUCGUUUCUCUACAUGUUUAUAACACAAUAUUUAAGUAAGAUUGUAUGUUUAUAUCUAUCUCUGAAUAUUAUAAAAUAUUUGAACACGAUGUGUCGUCAACAUUAUUUACAAUUAUUAUAUACAUUAUACAGAAAUACAAUGCACUUAUUUUUAAAAAUAUAGACUCAUUAGCACUGAAUUGUGUAUAGUAUGUACUAAUGGGUUUUUUAAUACUUACAAUAUAUAAAAAUUGAAUAUAUGUAUAUUUAACUUGUAUUCGUUUAAGUAAUUAGGAAUUCGGCGUCAUUCGUUUUGGUAUUAAAAGCUCAAAAGACCACAUUUUUAUAUGAAGGACUUAAGGCAAGAAAUAUAAUUAAGAUUAUACUUUAAAUGUGAUGAGAAAAAUUCUGUCCACGUCGAAAGGAUAGGAAAGAUUUUAGGUUCAUUUUCAAAAUCGAAUUUAAAAUGACGUUUUGAAUUAAGGUUAGUAUUUACCUACAGUCAGCUAGAAGCUGAUAUUAUAGUAAUAUUUUGUCAUGUAUUUUAUUAUCCUUAGAGUAGUAAUUUAAAGUUACAAAUCAUUGUUUCAAUACUUUUUAAAUUUCAUAUACACAAUCGUAAUAAUCACUAAUUACAAUUAUCUUUCGUAUGAACGGCUCUGUUGUGUUCCUUUUAUUAUUAUUAUUAUUACGUUCAUUAUGGGUUAGGUAUAAAAUCUGUGAUGUUUUGUUAUCAAUUGCAUUUGUGGUGUCAUUUAUUGUGAUUGUUACCUUGUUUUGU